AUGGCGGAUGAUACGCGGCAACCUGACACGCCUCCCACAGAUGAGCAACCUCAGUCAGAAGGCCGUCCCUUCAGGCGACCGAAAUCCAAGCACGACUUCCCAAAAACCCAGGCUGGGAAGAUGUGGGAGAUGCUGGGUAAUCCUGCGGAACCUGCAAACACCUUGGCCGGAGGAACCUACAAUUCCGCAGGUGGCAAACCUCCCGAGGUGACCUGGAGGGAUGCCUUCAAUUUCUCGUACGAAGGGAAAGGCCCUUCUUGGUAUCAGGUACCAUGCGCACGAGAUGCAUUACUUGUCGGGAUAGCUUCCGGAGGCGCAGUAGGAGGUUUAAGAUUUAUACUCAGAGGUUCUUGA